AUGAAAGAAUAUGGAUAUCAUCAGGCUCAUCGCCAGUACACCAACCCUGGUGUGAAAGGAACUGGGGACGAAAAGAUUGGAACCAAUGGCCGUUUUUCGUUUAAAUACUUUCUGAAUUGGUUUGUCACGCUUGACACGGCUUCUCCCGGUAGUAGAAACUACCGGGCAUUGCCGAAAGUCAGCAAUUAUGUGUUUUUCUUCGGUGGACGACUGCGAACCGUUUCUGACUUAUCCAGUCGUUUUAUUGUGGCAUUUGCGGUGCAAUUUGUGCCAGUGGUUCUGUUCUCUGUGUUUGAGGCUGGUCCAUUAUGGAAAUACGGCAAAGGCUGCAGAGCUUUGGUGGUGCUUUUCUACUACUCGUGGGCGCUGUGUAUGGCUUCUUUCAUCAAAACCGCUACUGGUGAUCCAGGUAUGUUGCCCAGAAACCUGCAUGUGCCCUCAGUUGGCAACAAUUUCGAGAUUCCGCAAGAAUACCACAAUAUCAUUACCUUGCCCAGUGCUCAUCCGGAGGGCCGCACACUAGACGUGAAAUACUGCACCACAUGCCGUAUCUGGCGGCCGCCUCGGGCCUCACACUGUCCCAACUGCGACGCGUGCAUUUUGAUGCACGACCAUCAUUGCAUCUGGACCAACAACUGCAUUGGUCAGCGGAACUACCGGUAUUUCCUAACGUUUUUGGCUGCCAGCGUUGUGUGUGCUAUACUAUGCAUUAUUGCCUGUGCAAUCCAUGUCUCCAAAGUUCCACACAUCAACUCUGCAGUUGUAGCCACGCUUCUGAUUGUGUACUCGGCGCUGGCUCUGUGUUAUCCGCUGCUUCUGCUGCUAUUCCACAUUGUUGCCACGUCUUCACAGCAGACGACUCGCGAAUUUCUCAAAAAUCUACCUUCCAAAAAAGCCAUUUUCCACACCCUUACGUCGCCAGAAACAAAUCCGUUUGACCAUGCUAGUGCUGUUCAAAACAUGCUUUCUUUGGCAUGUCAACCACGAGGUGUCAGCGUCAUGUCCGUUCGUGAAAGACACGGUCCUGGCGAUUGGCGAUUUUUGAACCUACCGCAACCGCACAGUUUUGAAAAAAACCUCGCAUAA